AUGUGGAUUGGGUUGUUAUUACUUACUUUAAGUAAAGAUCCGAAAAGAAGGGAAUUAAUAUAUAAGAAGAAAAAUAUAUUAACUGAGCCUAAAGAAAUACCAAAACGAGUUACAUAUUCUACCACAGUCCCCACACCAGUUAUCGAUAGAGUUCUUUACAACAAUGGCACAGGAGUAACUUCAGGCAAGUCAUACUCAGCCAAAAUCAUACUCAAAACAGGCUUAAAUAUUACAAAGACAUAUUAUCUCUUUGCAACAGAAAGCAACGUUUCCAACAUCACUGUCACUAACGUCACAGCAUCACAAAAUCUUAUCAAUACAACAGCCGUAAAUAACACGAACGAGACAGAAUGGACUUUCGAAGUUAACGCUCCAGAGGAUCAUAAUAAGACAAAGUUACUUGUUGUUGUUGAGACCGACGCCAAUCAUACAUCCAACUUAGGUACCGGCAAUGUUACAUAUUCUACCACAGUCCCCACACCAGUUAUCGAUAGAGUUCUUUACAACAAUGGCACAGGAGUAACUUCAGGCAAGUCAUACUCAGCCAAAAUCAUACUCAAAACAGGCUUAAAUAUUACAAAGACAUAUUAUCUCUUUGCAACAGAAAGCAACGUUUCCAACAUCACUGUCACUAACGUCACAGCAUCACAAAAUCUUAUCAAUGCAACAGCCGUAAAUAACACGAACGAGACAGAAUGGACUUUCGAAGUUAACGCUCCAGAGGAUCAUAAUAAGACAAAGUUACUUGUUGUUGUUGAGACCGACGCCAAUCAUACAUCCAACUUAG